UUUCUGUCAGAACUCAGAAAGUUAAACGUUGUUUGUAUUGUGUAUUUGGCUACUCCCAAAUUAGUUAAUUAUUUAUUAAAAUCGAUACAAAUCAAGCAUCACCAUGGGGAAACGCCAGCAUCAAAAGGAUAAAAUGUACCUUACGUACACAGAGUGGACGACCCUGUACGGAGGUAAAAGAUCUGGCACUAGUAAGGAAGAAGACACAACCUUUAAACGCUUGCCGUUCGACCAUUGCUGCCUAUGCCUUCAGCCUUUCGAUGACCCUUACUGCGACAUGGAUGGCAAUAUAUUUGAGUUGCAAGCUGUAUUAGAGUUUGUAAAGAAGUUCAAAAUCAACCCCGUUACUGGGAAAAAAAUAGAUGUAAAAACCUUAACAAAGUUGAAUUUCUUCAAAAAUGCUGAGGAAGAUUAUCACUGCCCUGUGUUAUUCAAACCAUUUACAAAAAACUCUCAUAUUGUUGCCAUCAAGACCAGUGGAAAUGUGUACUCAAAUGAGGCUGUGGAACAGCUCAAUAUCAAGGGAAAGAACUGGAAGGACCUGAUCAAUGAUACUCCUUUCACGAGAGCAGAUAUAAUAACUAUACAAGACCCUAACAAUCUAACAAAGUUUAAUAUCUCUACAUUCCAUCAUAUUAAACAUAAUUUGAGAGUGGAGACUGAAGAGGAAAUAGCAAUGAGGAAAGACCCUCAUGCUAGAUUGAAAACUGUAUCAGCCGAAACGAAAGAUAUUUUACAGGAACUUGAGAAGGAUUAUAAAGCACCUGAAAAGAAGGAAGUGAAAAAAGAAGUAGCAGAUAAAUUCAAUGCAGCUCAUUAUUCCACUGGCAUGGUGGCUGCCAGUUUCACAUCAACGGCAAUGAUGCCAGAGACUGUCCAUGAAGCUGCUAUUAUCUGUGAAGAUGAUGUCAAAUAUGAUAUGGUCAAGAAAAAAGGAUAUGUAAGGCUAGUCACAAACCUAGGUCCCCUAAACUUUGAGCUGUACUGCGACUUGACACCCAAAGCAUGUGACAACUUCAUCAGACACUGCAACAAUGGAUAUUACAAUGGCACCAAAUUCCAUAGGUCUAUUCGGAAUUUUAUGAUCCAAGGAGGCGAUCCAACAGGCACAGGUUUGGGUGGGGAGUCAGUUUGGAAGAAACCAUUUGAAGAUGAGGUCAAACCCAAUUUACAUCACACUGGCAGAGGAGUGCUGUCUAUGGCGAACUCUGGACCAAAUACUAAUGGAUCACAGUUUUUCAUAACCUUCCGCUCGUGCAAGCAAUUGGACGGCAAGCACACAAUAUUCGGUAAGCUGGUCGGCGGUAUGGACACUCUUACGGCCAUGGAGCAGAUUGAGGUGGACAAUAAGGACCGGCCUAUUGAAGAUAUUGUUAUAGAAGUUGCGCAAGUCUUUGUGGACCCUUUUGCUGAGGCCGAAGAACAGCUUGUCAAAGACAGAGCAGAGGAACUUAAAAGGAAAGCAGAGGAAGAAGGGUCACAGGUUAGGCCGAAGAAAGCCAAACAACCGCUAAAAGUGUUUAGAGAUGGAGUUGGCAAAUAUCUUAAUUUACAGGAAGUGGCGCCACCAGCGACGAGUAGUAAACCAACAAAAACACAAGAACCUCCCGCCAAAAAGGUUAAAAACGAUAAAAAAUAUGGUUUUGGCGCUUUUGAUAACUGGUAAUAAGUAUUGUAAACAAAUAAGUUUUAACUGUAAAAUAAAAUACAUAUUAUUGUAAUA